AUGGUUUUUCCAGGAAAUCUUCGAGAAGGCGUGGGCACAGUGAUCCCAGGUCGAUUCGACAACCCAAACCAGCAGGAGCCACUGGCCCCAGAUGUCCUGUUCCCCCCAAGCAUCUCAACUCGAGCCACACCCAUGGUCCAUCGUUUUAUCCACCGACAAGAUAACCGAUGCUUUCUGGUUUACACCGCGGGAUCAGACCGAGGUCGCUUUCGACGACACCCGAGAGCAGGAUGCGGGUUCGUUUUCGCGCCUACUUUCACCGGCAACCCCAUUGGCGGAGCAGGUUCCUUCCUCGUCGAAGAGAGAGGACCGACCGGGUCAUUGAUCUUACCUUCAUAUGAGCGGGCAUGCAUUCGGGCUGUGAUUGGGGUUUUACGGGCAAAGGAUUGGGUGGCUGAGGGAUGCAAUCGUCUUGUCGUCGCUACCAACUCGCCUUUCAUUGUUAAUGGUGCGACUCGUUUCAUUACCAACUGGAUACGCUUCAACUGGAUUAACCAAGCCGGUGAUGUUGUCAAGAACCGUGACCUAUGGCUGUGUCUUCAGGGGGAAAUCGAGAAGCUGUAUGCUCGGGGUCUGACGAUUCAAUUUUGGUUGAUUUCUCGGCAGUGCAAUAAUGAUGCGGAAAAUCUAGCUCUUCAGGCUGUUGAGAUGGAUGAUUGGAUUACCCCUCAGGACUUUACAGAUAGGAUUUACAUGUCUGGUUGA